AUGGCGGAGCCCGAAAAGUCGGCGCCCCCAGUCGUCAUAUCACAACGCUCCCCUUCCCAGAAUGGCUCAGACAAGGAGCGGUAUCCGUCUAUAGACCAGUCGCCCGCAUCUUCGGUCUCUCAAUCGGAUUCCGAUCAUGACGAACGAGCACUGACCCUCACUAUAACCCAAGCAUCAGGACAGUCGGCCACCAGGACCGUGACUCGGAUGACAACCCAAGGCACUGCAUUCACCUCCGACCCAAGAUUUGAGGUCGAUUUUGGGGUGGACGAUCCUGAAAAUCCUCGGGAUUUCCCAUUCUGGUACAAGGCUUUCGGGCUUUUUGCGAUCUCUUUUGGAACUCUGGGUGUGGUCAUGUAUUCAACUUCUUACACCUCUGCAUUGGCCGCCAUGCAGGAAGAAUUUGGCGUCAAGUCAGAAGUUAUCGCUACUCUCGGGGUCACGACAUACUUACUAGGGCUAGCUCUUGGCUCCUUGAUCCUCGCUCCCAUGGCUGAGACAUACGGUCGCAAACCUGUGUACACGAUAUCCAUGGCCUUGUUCACAAUCCUCAUCCUUCCUUCCGCACUGGCGCAUGACAUGGCAACAAUCAUCAUUGUAAGGUUCUUCGGCGCCCUGUUUGGAAGUGCCAUGAUAUCCAAUGCACCGGGAUCUAUUGCCGACCUUAUCACCGACGAAUACCGUGCUGUGGCCUUCUCCGUCUGGAGUAUCGGUCCCAUGAACGGUCCCGUGGUCGGACCGACCAUUGGAGGCUUCGUAACUGAGUACCUUGGCUGGCGCUGGACCAACUGGAUCGCCAUGAUCUGGGGAGGCACCGCCUUUAUUUUACUGUUGUUCUUCAAGGAGACCUAUGCGCCGGCGCUGUUGCAGAAAAGGGCAAAACAACUGCGCAAGAAAGAGAACGAUGACCGAUACUGGAGUCGGUAUGAUGUUCGAGUCGGAUUCGUCGAGCUGAUGAAGGUCAACCUGAGCCGGCCGUUCAUCAUGGCCAUCAAAGAACCGAUCUGCAUUUUCUGGAACUUCUAUAUCUCUUUGAUCUAUGGCAUCUUAUAUCUCUGCUUCGUGGCCUACCCCAUCGUCUUCACCGAAGAACGCGGCUGGUCUACAGGUUUAAGCGGACUCUCGUUUAUGGGCAUUGGUAUCGGCACGAUGAUAGUCAUCUGCAGCGCGAGUCCGAUCAAGAAAAUGAUCGACUCGCACGCACCGGACAAGGAUGGAAACAUUCCGCCCGAGGCCAUGAUGAGCAUCGUCUGUAUCGCCUCGGUGCUUGUCCCUAUCGGCGAGCUGUGGUUCGCAUGGACUUGCUACCCAACAACCAUCCACUGGGCAAUACCCAUUGCCGCCGGCAUCCCGUUCGGUUUCGGAAACGGCGCCGUCUUCAUCUACGCCACGAACUACCUCGCUCACAGCUACGGCAUCUUUGCGGCCAGCGCCAUGGCCGGCAACACUGUCAUGCGAUCUGUUCUCGGAGGGACUCUACCGCUGGCUGGCCCCUCCAUGUAUCGCGCCAUGGGGCCUAAUUGGGCAAGUACACUAUUGGGUCUGCUGGAGGUUGCCAUUAUCCCGAUUCCGUUCCUCUUUUACCGCUAUGGCUGCCGCAUCCGCGAGAGGUCGACAAUGAUUCGCGAGAUGCGUGAGAAUGAAGAACGACAGGCCGGGAAGCGUAAGAAGGCCGAGGAGAGAAUGCGCGUUACUGUGAUGAAUGGCGAUGAUAAGGCCGGCACUCAAGAGGCCCAAGUCCCUCUGGGUCGUGUUAGAAGCCGGACCGAUCAAGUUGCUAAUGUGGAGGAGCGUGUUUCGGAAACAGAGAAAAGUGCUCAAACCUUUGGGACAGAGACGGUGUGA